ACAGAAGCCCUCUAGCCAAGGCCUCGGGCAGCCCUACCAAAUGAAUAUGGGCAUCUGAGUUUUCUAGGAGGCCUCUUCUUCUGCCCUGGGUCUCAUCCAACUGGUAUCCAUCUAAACAUUCCCACCCAGGGUUAUUUAUGCUAGAGGAAGAAGAAUGCCCUUUCCAGAGCCAGUUCUUGGGGAAAAGAGGAACUGUUGAUAUAGCCAGAGCCCGAAAAGAAGAUUACUCUGCAACAGCUAAAGCCUCACGAAAGAUUUUACUUGUAGAUCAACUUUCAAAAUGUAGGAAGUCAGAAUGGGUGACAUCAUCAGAAAAAUAUGUGGAGCUGAUCGCCACAAGAAGUGAAGAACCCAGGGCACGAAAGCAGUUGUGACUCCUGGGCCCAGGGAGUUGGCAGCGUCUGGGCUUCAGAGGAGCCAGCGCCUCCGAGUGGUCUUGAAGUGAGGCUCUGCUCUACUCCUGUUCUUGUGGCUCUGAGAUCUGAAUGUUGUGACCACUAAUUUGCUCUUUCCUGGAGGGUAACCCCAGUUUGGUCCACAAGGUUUGCUGCUCAAUCCUUGCCAACAGUUGAACCAAGACUCUGAGGCUGAUAUGCAAUGUCACUUACAACAUUAAUCAGAUACUGCAUUUAAGGUUCACAGUGUCUUCACCUGGAAUAGAUUCCACCUCAAGAAACCACUUUCUUUGCUCAUCCAUAAGAAGCCACUCCUCAUCUGAUCAAGUUUUAUAAUAAGAUUGCAGAAAUUCAGUCGCAUCUUUAGGCUCCACUUCUAGUUCUCUUGCUAUUUCCACCACAUCUGCAGUUACUUCCUCCACUGAAGUCUUGAAUCUCUCAAAGUCAUCCAUGAGGGCUGGAACCAACUUCUUCCAAGCUCCUGAUCUUGAUGUGGAAGAAAUGGAGGACUCAGAACCAAGGAUUUUCAAGUGAUUUCUUCCAAAGCACAGGAAUCUAACUCUGUUAAAGCUGGUCCGUUCUAACUGAGAUGACAGUCAUGUCCCUUUCCAGGGACCUCAAGGACGACUUUCACAGUGACACGGUGCUCUCCAUCUUAAAUGAGCAGCGCAUUCGGGGCAUUUUAUGCGAUGUCACUAUCAUUGUGGAAGAUACCAAAUUUAAAGCCCACAGCAAUGUUCUGGCAGCUUCAAGCCUGUAUUUUAAAAAUAUCUUUUGGAGCCAUACAAUCUGUAUUUCCAGCCACGUCCUGGAGCUGGACGAUCUCAAAGCUGAAGUGUUUACCGAAAUACUUAAUUAUAUCUACAGUUCCACAGUCGUUGUCAAGAGACAGGAAACAGUCACUGAUCUUGCAGCUGCAGGAAAAAAGCUGGGAAUAUCAUUCUUGGAAGACCUUACCGAUCGCAACUUCUCAAAUUCCCCGGGUCCCUAUGUAUUCUGUAUUACUGAAAAGGGAGUGGUUAAAGAAGAAAAACAUGAAAAAAGGCAUGAAGAACCAGCCAUCACUAAUGGGCCAAGGAUCACAAAUGCAUUUUCCAUCAUCGAAACAGAAAAUAGUAAUAACAUGUUUUCCCCGCUGGACUUGAGGGCAAGUUUCAAAAAGGUCUCUGACUCCAUGAGAACAGCUAGCCUUUGCCUGGAGAGGACGGACGUCUGCCACGAGGCAGAGCCUGUCCGCACACUCGCUGAGCACUCAUACGCUGUUUCUUCCGUAGCUGAGGCUUACAGAAGUCAGCCUGUACGUGAACAUGAUGGCAGUUCACCUGGUAACACAGGGAAAGAAAACUGCGAAGCCCUUGCAGCAAAACCGAAAACAUGUCGGAAGCCAAAGACAUUCUCCAUACCACAGGAUUCUGAUUCAGCCACAGAAAAUAUACCACCCCCUCCAGUAUCCAACUUAGAGGUUAAUCAAGAAAGAAGUCCACAGCCAGCUGCCGUUCUCGCUCGUUCAAAAUCUCCAAACAAUGAAGGAGAUGUCCAUUUUUCCAGGGAAGAUGAAAAUCAAUCUUCUGAUGUUCCCGGGCCGCCAGCAGCAGAGGUUCCACCUCUGGUGUACAACUGUAGCUGCUGUUCCAAAGCCUUUGACAGCAGCACUCUGCUCAGUGCCCACAUGCAGCUUCACAAGCCAACCCAGGAGCCUUUAGUGUGCAAGUAUUGCAACAAACAGUUCACCACCCUGAACAGGUUGGAUCGGCAUGAACAGAUCUGCAUGAGGUCAAGCCACAUGCCCAUUCCUGGAGGAAACCAACGCUUUUUAGAAAACUAUCCUACCAUUGGACAAAAUGGAGGUUCAUUCACGGGUCCAGAACCUUUAUUAUCUGAAAAUAGGAUUGGUGAAUUUUCCAGUUCCGGAAGUACUUUGCCAGACACGGACCACAUGGUUAAAUUUGUUAAUGGGCAAAUGCUCUAUAGUUGUGUUGUGUGCAAACGUAGUUAUGUGACCUUAUCUAGCCUCCGAAGACAUGCAAAUGUUCACUCCUGGAGAAGAACAUAUCCUUGCCAUUACUGCAACAAAGUAUUUGCAUUGGCUGAGUACAGGACAAGGCAUGAAAUUUGGCAUACGGGAGAAAGACGAUAUCAGUGCAUUUUCUGUCUUGAAACUUUCAUGACCUACUAUAUACUCAAAAAUCAUCAGAAGUCUUUCCAUGCCAUCGAUCAUAGACUUUCCAUCAGUAAAAAAACAGCAAAUGGAGGCUUGAAGCCUAGUGUCUAUCCAUAUAAACUUUAUAGGCUACUGCCUAUGAAAUGCAAAAGGGCCCCUUAUAAGAGCUACCGAAAUUCUUCCUAUGAAAAUGCACGAGAAAACAGUCAAAUGAAUGAGUCUGCACCUGGUACCUAUGUUGUUCAGAAUCCACACAGCUCUGAAUUACCUACGCUGAAUUUCCAAGAUACUGUAAACACCCUGACCAACAGUCCAGCCAUCCCAUUGGAAACAUCUGCAUGUCAGGACAUACCCACUUCUGCCAAUGUACAAAAUGCAGAGGGCACCAAAUGGGGAGAGGAGGCAUUGAAAAUUGAUCUUGACAAUAACUUUUAUUCAGCUGAGGUGUCAGUUUCUUCCACUGAAAAUGCUGUCAGUUCUGACCUCCGGGCAGGGGAUGUACCUGUUUUAUCCUUGAGUAAUAACAGUGAGAAUGCCGCCUCUGUGAUCAGCUACAGUGGCUCUGCACCCUCGGUCAUUGUACACAGCAGCCAGUUUUCAUCGGUGAUCAUGCACAGCAAUGCCAUUGCUGCCAUGACCAGCAGCAACCACAGAGCCUUUUCAGACCCAGCUGUCAGUCAGUCCCUGAAAGAUGACAGUAAGCCUGAGCCAGAUAAAGUGGGUAAGUUUGCAAGCAGACCCAAAAGCAUUAAGGAGAAAAAGAAAACUACAUCACAUACCAGGGGAGAAAUACCGGAGGAGUCAAAAUAUGUUGCCGAUCCUGGAGGAUCAUUGAGCAAAACCACAAAUAUUACUGAAGAAACCAGUAAAAUUGAAACCUACAUUGCAAAACCUGCUCUGCCGGGAACCUCCACAAAUAGUAACGUUGCACCCCUUUGCCAAAUAACAGUGAAAAUUGGAAACGAAGCCAUUGUGAAAAGGCACAUCCUAGGAUCUAAAUUGUUUUAUAAAAGAGGGAGAAGACCUAAGUAUCAGAUGCAGGAGGAGCCUUUGCCACAGGGGAAUGACCCGGAACCCAGUGGAGACAGCCCACUCGGGCUUUGCCAAUCCGAGUGCAUGGAGAUGAGUGAAGUGUUCGAUGACGCAAGUGACCAGGAUUCCACUGACAAACCGUGGCGCCCUUACUACAACUACAAACCCAAAAAGAAAUCCAGACAGUUGAGAAAAAUGAGGAAAGUCAACUGGAGGAAGGAGCAUGGAAACAGGAGCCCGAGCCAUAAAUGUAAAUACCCAGCAGAACUGGAUUGCGCCGUGGGGAAGGCUCCUCAGGAUAAACCCUUUGAGGAAGAAGAAACUAAAGAGAUGCCCAAGCUGCAGUGUGAACUCUGUGACGGAGACAAAGCAGCAGGGGCUGGAAACCAAGGAAGGCCCCACCGACAUCUUACUUCUCGGCCAUACACCUGCGAGCUCUGCGCCAAGCAGUUCCAGAGCCCUUCCACACUCAAAAUGCACAUGAGAUGUCACACCGGGGAAAAGCCAUACCAGUGCAAGACCUGCGGACGGUGCUUUUCGGUGCAAGGAAACUUACAGAAACACGAACGCAUCCACCUGGGCUUGAAGGAGUUUGUCUGUCAGUAUUGCAACAAGGCGUUCACCUUGAAUGAGACCCUCAAAAUCCAUGAAAGAAUCCAUACUGGAGAAAAGCGUUACCACUGUCAGUUCUGCUUUCAGAGAUUUUUGUAUCUCUCCACCAAAAGGAAUCAUGAGCAGAGGCAUAUUCGGGAGCAUAAUGGGAAGGGCUAUGCCUGCUUCCAGUGCCCCAAAAUUUGCAAAACAGCUGCUGCCCUUGGAAUGCACCAAAAGAAACACUUAUUCAAAAGCCCAAGUCAGCAGGAGAAAAUAGGUGACAUGUGCCACGAAAACUCAAAUCCCUUGGAGAAUCAACAUUUCAUUGAUUCAGAAGACAAUGACCAAAAGGAUAACAUACAAACCGGUGUGGAAAAUGUUGUCCUUUGAGUGGCAAGAGUUAGAAAAAUCUUCAAAAAUAUAGUUGGUGUUUUUUUUUUUUGGUUAUGAUUUAAGUUUAGUUUAAUUUUAUUCACAUAACAGUCAUGAAGGAGUGAAAUUUAAAAACAAAACAAAAAAACACUCAUUUGUGAAAAUUCCAGAAAAAGGAUCCUAAUAUCUACUUUGGGUUUUAGCAUUAACUUUAUGCAAAGUGCACAAAAACAAAAUAGCUGACUCCUCCAGUAUCCCAAGUUUCUUGUGAAAGUUAAUGAAGUUCUUAGCUGUGGUAUUUCUACCAGUGAAAAAAGGAGUUUAAUUUUAGCCUAGUUUGAAACUUUCUAAUAAUUGCUAAUAGGAACUGGCUGCUGAACUGUCUUUAGUCACUGGAGAAAAUGAAGAUGGCAUCUUCGUAAAUAUGUUACGUGGUAAUGAGCUGUGUGACGGUCUUUAUUCCCAUCUGGCUUCUGCACUAUUAAAAUUUGUUUAAAUUAAUGGAUACACAUGAAAUACUUAAACAAUAUAACUGAAAUUAUGUGCAUAAUGAGUAACCUAAAGUAGGACAUUCAUACAUUAUGUAGAACUACUUUUCUGCAACACAAACCUUGUAAAAUACAUAUAUAAAUCACUAUAACUUUUAACUGUCCAUAUCCCCUGUAGAGAAUUAUGAGGAGCAAUAGAUCUGCAAAUAAUGAGGACUGAUGUAAAAAUCAGUAGAAAGCAUUUUGAAUAUGAUUUCAGAGCAUGUGAAUGCUUUUAGAUGGAAUGCUGUUCCCUUGAAGUUAUGGCUCAGCUGUUCUUAGAACUGGUCUACUCAAUUCACAGAAAACAUAGGUCAUGCCUUAUCUAUGGGGGAACACCCUCCCAGAAUUUACCUGUGAUUACCUGUGCUGCAUAUUACUUUGCAAUGGCCUCAUCUCAGAGAAUGAAAGAGGGUCACAUUCUUCUGAAACUCUCUGCAGUCUUCCAACCACCACAAGGCCAUGGAUGUGGGGGGUCUAUUCCAGACAGACUUAAGGGUUCAAGUGGAAGCUGCCAUCUCCCAUUCCACUGAAGGACUGUCGAAGAGAUUUAGUGCAAGGUACACUGCAGUAGUGAAUUCCCAGGCACUUGAAAGUGACUGCCUAAUCCCUAGUAAUUGUAAUUACUAGCCUUCUUGGAGAUUAUGCAGCCCACAAGUACAGACUAGUAUAAAGCAAAAGGGCAAAGGAACCCCCACCCACCACCCCACCCACUAAUGACUUGAGUGGGCAAGAAGAAGUGAUGGCCUUCCUUGCCUAAAACAAUAGCUUUGUUUUUAGGGGAUGGAAAGGUAGAAUGUGGAGUGACAUGGUUCUAUCGUUUACUUAUGAGACUCAGAAAUAUAUCUACAAAGCCAGAUGCUCUGUCGUCAUAUUUGCAGACAUCUACACCCCUUGCUAAAAACCCACUGAAGUCUUUUUAAUGUUCUUUUACACUGACCCACACCAUCAACAUUACCCUCAAAUCUAAUUGCCCUACAUCAUAUUCUAUCAUGUGGACCAGGUUCCUGGAAAGCUGGAAUGCAUGAUUCUUUUUUAAACUGCCAGAAUGGGAGGGAGAGAGAAAACAUUUCUACCCUUUGAUCACCGGUGUGAACAGAAUCCGGAAUGCAGUUUCAGCCUGACCUGCAGUCAUUCAUGUUCAUUGGAUUUGACGAAUGGAAACCCAAGGUUAUCGAAGAUUGGAAGGUUAUCAUUGUGAAGAAGUAGCUUAAAGGACUCCGGUUUCUCUCUACAAGUGUGAUGUCUCCAUGAAGAAGACUUCGUAUGGAUUUGGGUGGGUAAGAAAGCAUUUAAACACCCACGAAAGGACAAUGAUUAAAGUUGACCUUUUAAUACUGUAGUACCUUGCUGUUAAGUAACCCCACUAUUGUAUCUGCAUUUAUCUUUUGUUCAUCUACUUUCACUUACAUACAGUAUUAUAUAAGUAGAGAAAAAUGGGAAAAUGCAAGCAAAUUCAACUUUAUUUUAUACAUUGUAUAUAUGUAUACCCUACACUAUUCAUUUGGGUUUUGUUAGAUAGUCACAAAGGGCUUAUGAAAAUCAUUUUUGAAUUGAUAAUUAGAACAUUGAAUAAGCAAUCCUGUGAUCCACUAAUUUGUUUUAUCAGUUAAUAAUAUGAAUCAAAGAUAAUUAGUGUGUACUCUAGUCAUUUUGAUUUCAGUUAACCCCAAAUAUAAAAUUACCUGUAGUGAUGUCUCUCUCCCAGCCCUUACAUGUGGAUAUUUUUUAAGUGGGACUUGUAUGCUGAUAAUUCUAGACCAAAGUAAAUAUGGCAGAAUAUUUAUACAUGAAAAAAUAAUUUUGCAAAUAUUUUCUAUAAUUGUAUUCAUUUAAAAUGUUGAUAGCUUGUGUUAGUUUCAGGGAGGGGUGUAUAUUUUGAUAAAAAAAUACUUGACUUUGUAAUUCUGUAUAUUCUAUACAAUUUAUAGCAGAGCCGUUUUAAGACAGCCUUGUCACUUUUUUUGUUAAUUGUGAAAAUUUUAUUGAGUGAUGUUUAAGUAUGCAUUGAGUACAUGACCAACUAGAAUUAAAGUAAGUGUAAACAGUGAACAUACUGUAUGCUGUACAAGAUAUAAUGUAACUUGCUGUUUUAGCAUCUGUAUUUUGGUUAGAAGAUAUUAUUAAAUGCAGAUGUUAAGGAUUGGAAAAGUCUAAUUUUAUUUUUAGAAAUAAUGGAUAUAAAUUUGUUUUUGCUUGAUUAAAAUAGCUUAUUCCUAUAUUAAGUCUCUUUUUAAAUGUUUUAAUGUUAUUUCUUUCGUGCAGCUAUUUCAUCUGAGUCACAGCUUUGUUUCCACGUAUUAUUCAUUCGGUAUAUUUCUGUUUCCUUACUUGUUUACAUUCCGUGGUACCUACUUACAUGCUUAGGAGUCAAAUGGAUUAUGACAUUAGGAAAAAAGCAGAAUAAAAGAGAUUGAAGUCUUCUGAUGAUUGAGUGUUUUGGAUAGGCCUGAUCUUAUAAUGAUAAAUCAGAGAAUGAAAUGCUCUCCAGGAAGCAUUCUGCUCCACUCAUCCGCGGGAAACAAAUUACAUUUAUUGAGUACCAGGCACUAGGCAACGUCUUUACAUAGGCUAUUUCAUUAACACACACACACCAGAAUUCAACCUCAUUAUCCUCAUUUUAUAGUGACUUUGAGAAGGUCUCACAACCAGACAAAGCCAGGAUGCUAACCUAGGUCUGCCUGACUCCAAAGCCCAUGUUUUUGUUCCUUCUCAACACUGUAGAGAAAAGUGAUUUAUAGAAACUGAACAGAGUAUGAGGAAAGGAGACAUGAUAAAGUAAUGCAGCUUUAGGAUGGCAGUUAGUGACUGCCCUGGAACGGGAUUAAAGGAGGCUGUGUCGGGUUCAGCUUCCCCUGAAUUGGGCUUCCCUUAUAUCUCAGGAGAUUGCCCUAUAAAAUCAGUAAAAUUUGUGCACUUUUUUAAGAAUGUGGAGUAAAAUUGUAAUGGCAUUAUAGGCUAGUAAUUUUCACACAAAGAAAAAAAUACGUUCCGUCGUCAUAGACUCUACUCCUAAACUUAGCUAACUAUCUUGCAAAUGCCUGCAGUUUGUCCCAGGGGGCCAUGUGAGAGGGGAUGUCGGUGGCUCAGGCAGCACAGUCCAUCACCAACACAGAGAAAAUUACUGCCAGGCCUACCAAUGGCUGGCUAGUAGCAUCAAUUUUGUAUUGGAAGGGCAAUCCAAACCAGAUUCACCAAAAAUUUGAUAACUGUUAUCUGCUAAAACUAAUUUCAUUAUCUAAAAGAAAACAUUUAAUAUUGAAAGAAUUUGUAACAAUUGAGAAAGUAAAAGCAUAAAACAAAAAA